AUGGGUUUCCUAACAGAUCAUCCGCAUACAGCCAUUUCAGAAAUAAUCUUCAGGAUUGUUUCUAGUGAAGAUUACCCAUUAGAAGUAGAACUAACCACAUUAAUUGACUUGAUCGAUGAUAACCGUAAGGCAAAUGACUACAAUUAUACAAUAAAUCAAGAAGAAGCCGCUAGAGCCAUCAGGAAAAGGUUAAAAUACGGUAACUCAAUACAACAAAACAGAUCCUUGGAUUUGUUAGAUUUAAUCAUUACACAAAAUAUAAAAUAUUCCACUUUAUUUAAUGAUACAAAAUUAUUGAAAUUAUUGGAAUCAAUUGCUAAAAGUGAUGAUUCUAAGAUGAAUCUCGAUACAAAAUUCGUUAAGAGAACCAUAUCAUAUAUGAAAUCUUGGAAUUCUUACCUAUUGGAAUCUGGUCUAAGUAAUUCAAGAUGUUUCCAUGAACUAUAUCUAUUAUCAAAUGAUUUGAAAAAUCAGAAAAUACGAACAACUAGCAACUCCAAUACUACUAAUAAGACGAAGAAACAAUCAUCAAGAACAAGAUCAAGAACAAGAUCGAAAAAAUCAAAUUUCUUAAAUGAUUCAGCUGAUGAAUCUGUUUAUACUUCAUCCCCAUUCGGUUCCUCUUCCACUACCAUAGCAUCAGCAAGGAAUCAAAAUAAGACAACUUUACAAAAUGCUGAUCGUAAAUAUAGAAUCCCUCAUAUUGAUUUGAAAAAAGAGGGUCCCAAGAUUAGUUUAAUCAUUAGUAAUUCAUUAGCUGCUGCGGUAGCAUUACAAAACUCUUUAAUUAUCUUACCAAAGGAUGCAAACGCAUUAGAUGAUGAAAACGCUACCAAGAAUUUUAUUAAGGCAAGAGCCAUUAGAAGGAAAGUGUUACGAUAUUUACAAUUAGUUACCGAGGGUGAAUUCCUUGGUUCCUUGUUGUAUGCUAAUGAUGAAUUAGUGAAAGCAUUGACAUUAUAUGAUGAAAGAAGUUUUAUAACAGACAAUAGUGAUUCAUACAGUGAUGAAGAGGAUAGUCUAGCCAAUUAUGAUAGUGAUAGCGACAGUGAUAUUGACAGCGCCAGUAACAGCGACGAUGCGGAUAGAUACAAUACAAGAAGAAACGUUACGCCACCUUCAAAACCAAUUCAAAAAGAUGAUGAUCCAUUCGGUGAUGCCAAUAUCAUUUAG